AUGGGUAACCCAGGCCGCAGGCUCGCACAAACAGGCGACCCCCCUGAUGGAGGGUGGGGCUGGAUGGUGUUGGCUGGCUGCUUCGUGGUCACCGGCUUCUCCUACGCUUUCCCCAAGGCCGUCAGUGUCUACUUCAAAGAGCUGAUGCACGAUUUCCACAUCGGCUACAGUGACACCGCCUGGAUCUCGUCUAUUAUCCUCGCCAUGCUCUACGGCACAGGGCCCCUCUGCAGUAUCACGGUGAACCGAUUCGGCUGCCGGCCGGUGAUGCUGGUGGGCGGUUUGCUGGCCUCGUCUGGAAUGAUCAUCGCCUCCUUCUCCAUCAACAUCACACAGCUCUACCUGUCGGCUGGAGUGCUUACAGGUCUGGGCCUGGCCCUGAACUUCCAGCCCUCCCUCAUCAUGUUGGGCAGGUACUUCAACAAGCGGAGGCCGCUGGCCAACGGGCUGGCGGCGGCGGGCAGCCCAGUCUUCCUGAGCGCCCUGUCCCCGGUCGGCCAGCUGCUGCAGGACACCUACGGCUGGAGGGGCGCCUUCCUCAUCAUGGGCGGCCUGCUGCUCAACUGCUGCAUGUGCGGAGCCGUCAUGCGGCCACUAGAGAGCCUGACGGCGCGGCGUGACGGUCGGCCCGAGGCCAAGGAGAUGCUGCCGCCAGAGAAGGGCAAGGGGAAGGCUGAGCAGGCGGGUGCCCAGCAGGGAGAGGGCAAGCAGGGCCGCAAGCUGCUGGACUUCAGUGUGUUCCGGGACCGCGGUUUUGUCAUCUACACCGUGGCCAAGUUCAUCAUGGUGCUGGGCCUCUUCGUGCCGCCCAUCAUGAUCGUCAACUACGCCAAAGACAUGGGGGUGGCAGACAGGGACGCCGCCUUCCUGCUCUCCAUCAUCGGCUUCAUCGACAUCUUCGCCCGGCCGCUGAGCGGGCUGCUGGCCGGCCUGCCCCUGCUCCGGCCACGCAUCGCCUAUUUCUUCGGCUUCUCCAUGCUCUGCAAUGGGCUGACAGACGUGCUGAGUGCCAGAGUGGCCACCUACCCCGGCCUCAUCGCCUUCUGUAUCUUUUUCGGCGUCUCCUAUGGCAUGGUGGGCGCCCUGCAGUUCGAGGUGCUCAUGGCAAUCGUGGGCUCCCACAACUUCCCCAGUGCCAUCGGCCUGCUGCUGCUGAUCGAGGCCAUCGGUGUGCUGAUCGGACCCCCGUCCGCAGGACGCCUGGUCGACACGUUCAAGAGCUAUGAGCUCGUCUUCUACAUGGCGGGGGCGGAACUCAUCCUCUCAGCCUUCAUCCUGGUGGGAGCCUUCCGCUUCUGCCUCAAACAGGAGCCGCCCCGCGAGCAGGAGGGGAUGACGGAGGAGGAGGGAGUGGUUCUGGGAGAAGUGUCGGUGGGGGCAGGGGGCGCAGGGAGAGAGGAGGGCAGCCCGCCAAGCGGAGGGUCCCGGGACCAGAGGUCAAACGCAGUGAGGGAGAGUGAGAGGGAAGGCCACAAUGAAGUCAUGGUGGAGGAUAGAGCUGAGGCAGGACCCAUAGAGGGACAGGAGGAGCAGAAAUAUGAACAGUUACACAGGGACGAGCAGCCUGAAAACAACGAACCCCAACUCAAUUAA